AUGCAAUCUCUCACUGUUGCCUUAAUCGGUGCUAAUGGUCAAAUCGGCAAUUUCAUUCUCCAUGAAUUACUUGCUUCACGUGAGGCGCAAUUUCAUGUCUUAGCUUUCAUACGCCCUAAUUCACAACUCAAGUAUCGGGGGCCUCAGGAGAACGUAACUGUUCAUGAUACAGAUAUUUCCAAGGUGACCGCGGAUUCACUAGCGCCCUACUUCCGCGGCGCAGACGUGGUAGUGAGCGCCGUCGGGGCGGAGCUGCUAUCGCGGCAGAAUGUCCUCCAAGAUGCCGCUGCUAUAGCAGAUGUUCGAAGAUUUUAUCCAAGCGAAUUCGGUAUGCACUCCGUCCUGAGAAUGAGGACAGAGGAAGCCACCUUGAUACAUCCAACGUGGGCCCAGAAAAUGAAAUGUCUCGAUGAAGCCAUGAAACACCCUGCGGUUGUGAGCGGUAGAAUGUCGUAUACUGUCAUAGGCUGUUCCGAUAGCUUCGACGCCCCAGGAGAGAUAUUGCUUUGUCCAUGGGAAGACCCCAACGCCAUGGAGUAUAACAUGUACGCAGUCGGCGAUGCCAAUGCAAAAAUGGACUUCACGUCUAUGAGGACCACUGCGGCGUACCUCGUCGCCUCGAUUUGUCGUCCAGAGAUCUCAGAAAACAGAUUCUUGGCCUUCAGUGGUGAUUUCAUUAGUAUCGCCGAGGUUGCAGAUCUCCUCCGUUCGCACUCGGGUAAAAAGGUCAGCGUCCACGAGAUACCCUGGGAGCAGGCAGAAGAUAUUAUCCGGAAUCCAUCUUUGGCACCGCCAGAGCUUGUUAAAGCCAGCAAUUUUCCUGUCGACUUUUUAAUCGCGCUACGCCAUGUGCAAGGGUCGGGUACAAUGUGGCGAGCUCCGGGGCAGACACACAAUUCUCUUUUCCCGAAUGUAAAACAUCAAUCUGUAGUGGAAUACUUCAGCUAUCUUUUUGGUAAGCUUGGUGAUUCGGGCCCGUGA